AUGACUUCUAUGGCUGUGUCGUCUGGGAAGUUGGGUCUCUCUCGGAAUAAGACAGAGGCCGAGGCGAAUCCAAGUCAACCUGCAGCCAAACAUCCGAAACGGCGAUCCCUACGAGCAUGCUGGUAUUGUCGAAAGCGAAGGAUCCGGUGUGAUAUGAUCCAGCAUGGAUCACCCUGCACCAAUUGCAAAUUUGGUGGCGUUCAUUGCACAGUUGUCGAAUUUCCCGACGUCUUUUUUGAAGAUGCCCGCCACCCUUAUAAGGUCUCAGAUACCUCCAACAAGUCUUUGGAUGACUACCUUUUAGGCGAUUACCAAUCCGAGGUCUUGACUGUGGAUGCACCGUGCAAAUAUCGAUCAAGCCUUGAUGUUUGCGCUUUCCCCUUGGUUUCGUCAGAUGACUCCACUCCUCAACUGUCAUAUGAUCAGAAGACUGCAAAACUUCCAGGCUUCGUCCGAAAGCCGUCGUCCAGAUUGCAGGUCGAGGAUGUCGACUAUCUUGCCUUGACGGGAGCGUUAACGGUCCCUGAUACAGAGUUGCGUAACGAGCUGCUCAAGGCCUACGUGCAUUACGUGCAUCCCAGCAUGCCUAUCUUAGACAUUUCUGUUUUAAUACAGAGCAUUGUGCUGGAGAACGGGAUGCGCCCCUUAAGUCUUUUGCUAUUCCAAGCAAUGAUGUUUGCUGCGAUGGUGUAUAUUGACUUCGAGCAUCCACGAGUAGCUGGCUACGCAAAUCGAAAGGUAGCCCGAGAGACAUUUUUUAUGAGAGCAAGGCGUUUGUACGACCUCGAAUAUGAAACCGAUCCAAUCUCGCUUGUCCAGUCUCUCCUACUAAUGACACAUAACGAUGAGAUGAAUGCGGACUCAAAGGACAGUUGGCACUGGCUGGGGAUUAGUAUAUCUCUCGCAUACUCUAUUGGUUUGCAUCGCGGGUCAAGAAAUCAUUACAAAUCUGUGUGUAAUUAUGGUAUGUGGAAACGAAUUUGGUGGUCCAUUUACAUCAGUGACCGUCUACUAGCUUUGGCCAUGAGACAGCCGAUGCGGAUCAGAGACUGUGAUUUUGAUGUGCCUAUGGUGACUACCGAUGAUUUCUCUCUCCUCCCCGUCUCUGAGAACGUCAUCAGAUUUCUUGGCUAUUCUGAGGUCCUUCAAAAUGCUGGCUAUCAAAGGCAUUUGAUAAUUAUGUUUAUUGAAAGGUCAAAGCUCUGUGUCACCCUUGGCCACGUUCUGUCCGCUCAAUACCCGGACCUGAACAACCAAGUUGGAAGUAUGGGGAAUACAAAUAACAGGAUUACCAUCACGAGAAGGUUCCUAGGUGAUCUAUCGGAGAUUUGGCAGUGUGACCAAGAAUUGGAAGCGUGGCGAAGUCAGCUCCCUCCAACAAUCCAGUUCUCCCCUGUUGCCCCUGGCGAACUUGACGAAGGGCAAAAAGUCAUGCAUCUUCAUCGGGCGCUCCUGGAAAUGAUAUACCUUGCAACCUCCAGCGCUCUACAUUGUCCGGAGCUUGCUCAACGAGUCUCAGAUCAGCCGCUGAUGCGGGAAUUUCGAUCCGCCGCGAUGGCGAUUUCGAUUAUUGUAUUGGACCUGCAAAUCUUGGAAAUAAUAUGCCGCUUACCUGCAACUGGUGUGACGGUGCUCUUUGCUGCUGCUGUCAGUCAUCUCUAUGAUAGCACAUUUGACGAUCCAAACGUGCAGAGAUUUGGUUUUACGAGUUUACAACAUACCAUUUUUGCCUUGCGAGAGUUAGAAGAGACGUAUGAUUCUGCAAAUUUCGCACGCAAAUUCUUACAAGCAGCGAUUGAAAAAAUUGGUAGAAACGUUCCAGUCGUCAAACGAUACAUGCACUCGUCCAGUAGCCCAUUCAAUACCAGAGGGCAAGUGGAUACAUCAACAUGUUGUUCACGUCCAUCGGAGGGUGUUCUUCAAACAAUCCUAGUUAAGCGAGCGUAA